AUGGCCACCGCAGCCGCUGGAGCGUCUUCGAUAUCGGUGACUGUCCGUGUCCGUCCCUUCACGAUUCGGGAGGCAGCCCAAAUAACGAAAUGUGAUGAGGGUACUUUAUUCCUUGGAGAAGGGUCUCUUGCUGGCCUCCCUACACCUAAGCUGGGCCAAAAGGGCAUUCGGCCCGUGAUCAAAGUCCUGGAUGAUAAGUGCUUAAUCUUCGACCCUCCCGAGGAUAACCCCAUGCAAAAGUUCUCCCGAUCAGUCGUCCCGAAUAUGGGCAAAAGAGUGAAGGAUCAACAAUUUGCAUUUGAUCGGGUCUUUGACGAAAAUACAACACAAGCGGAUGUCUACGAAGCAACAACGAGGGGUCUACUGGACAGCGUUCUUGAAGGGUACAACGCAACCGUAUUCGCAUAUGGUGCUACCGGUUGCGGGAAAACACACACCAUUACUGGAACUGCCCAACAGCCUGGCAUCAUCUUCCUUACGAUGCAAGAACUAUUCGAGAAAAUUGCUGAGCGGAGUGAUGAGAAGCAGACGGAAGUUUCCUUGUCAUAUCUGGAGAUCUAUAAUGAGACGAUCCGUGAUCUACUCGUCCCUGGGGGAAGUAAACAAGGCUUAAUGCUACGCGAGGAUGCCAAUCAAGCUGUAUCUGUAGCGGGUCUAUCGAGCCACCAUCCGCGAGAUGUACAAGAAGUUAUGGAUAUGAUCGUGCAGGGGAACGAGUAUCGGACAAUUUCUCCAACCGCAGCUAACGCAACAUCCUCCCGAUCCCAUGCUGUCUUGCAAAUCAAUCUGGCUCAAAAGGACCGAAAUGCAGACGUCAAUGAACCACAUACGAUGGCUACCCUAAGCAUUAUUGACUUGGCCGGCAGCGAACGUGCGAGCGCAACGAAGAAUCGCGGCGAGCGAUUGAUCGAAGGGGCAAACAUCAACAAAUCCCUUCUCGCACUAGGCGGGUGCAUCAACGCGCUCUGUGAUCCCCGCAAGAGGAACCACGUCCCAUACCGGAAUUCAAAGCUUACUCGGCUUCUGAAAUUUUCUCUUGGAGGAAAUUGCAAGACUGUCAUGAUUGUGUGUGUGAGCCCAUCGAGUUCUCAUUUCGAUGAAACACAAAACACCCUCCGCUACGCAAACAGAGCCAAAAACAUCCAGACCAAAGUCACCAGAAAUGUGUACAAUGUCAACCGACACGUGAAGGAUUUCCUGGUCAAGAUUGAUGAGCAGCGUGCAUUGAUCAACGAACUACUUGCCCAGCAGAAGGAUUCAGAUGCGACCGCAUUCGUCAAAUUCAGGAAACAAAACGAAAAGCGCGAUGGUAUUACACGGGAAGGAAUUCUACGAGUUCGCGCGGCAUUUGAUAACUCUGUUAAUGAGAGGCAAGACAAGAUGGGCAAUAUGAAGCGACUUCGGCAGAUUGAAAGACGGAUUGCAGUACUGUCAGCCUGGGUUGCAGCUUUUGAUACUAUUUGCGCCUCUCGUGAUGCCGAGGACAUGCCGCCUAGUUUAUCUGCGAUGCGGAAAACCGCUCAAGGUAUCCUUUUGGAGCUGGAGAACAGCAGACAACACUAUCAUCAGAAGUUAGACAAGAACAAUUGGGAGCGUGCAAUUGAUUCGGCCUUGCAAAACAGUAUCCGGCAGCUGGCAGAAGUAGAUGGAUCCGCUGAGGGACCUGACGUUGCAAGCUUAACUCGGGAAGCCGAACUUCUCAAAGCCAAUGCCGGGAGGGAGGCGCUGCGGGAAGUUUUAGAGCAGGAAAAGGUUGGCGACGGGGAUGUUACUCAAAUUCUUCUCUCUGCCCAAUUCGACAUAAUUUCUUGCCUGCACGACAUAUUGAGUAUGAACGAAGUCGAUGCUAUCCAGCACGCGAAGAGUACCCUCGGUCGUCUAUUACAGGAAUGUUCUACUACGGUAUCCCACGUAGUCAAACCUGACGGAUCAUUGAAUAUCAUUGAAAAGUUCUCCCCGACGAAACGUGGCACGCCAAAGCGAAAGAAGCCAGCGAGCUUCCUAGACAACCAGCCUCGACUGGUUCCUAAAAUGGCAUCUCUUUCCGCAAUGGCCCCCCAAAUACUUUCAUCGCCCAUGAAAUCUUCACCCAGGCGGCGAAAACCAGUCUUAGGAAAGAAAGGGGUAUCCUUUACGCCGAAGAAAAAGUCGCCCUCCAAGCAGCGAAGUGUCAGGUGGCGAGAUGAUACAGAAUCCGGGACGUUGGCAGAAUUUGAGAAGACACCUCAGAAGACUCGUUGUACACCCGAAGUAUCCUCAGCGGAACAGUCCCUAGUGCUCCCUACACUGCCGCCAUAUUUAACAGCAGAUGUGUCAAAUGAUUCACUCGGAUCUUCUCCUAUCCCCGUUGCUCCACAGCCAUCCCUCGAUCUUAGACCCAAGGCAAAUCGAUUUCAGGCCGGUUUCCUCAAGAAGAAGACGGGGUCACCACCACCACCGAAGAUGAGCAAUCUCUCAUCAUCUGAUACUGAACAGUCACCUCUACGCACCAUUGAUACUGGGAAUGUUUUGAAUCAAUCUCCGUUGCACCUUGUUCAGAGCUCAACAAGUGAUAUCCCUUCCGACAGUGGACAUAACUCUUCGUCCGAUGGUGAAAACAGUUGGCAUAUGGAUCGUUCCGAUAGCUCAAAAAUAGGCAGGGCCUUGAAACGUACAGGCUCCAUCCCUCGCCUAUCAAAUGAGGGUAUCAGCAGAGCUCAUCGACGCAGAAGCCCUACCGCGGCUACCAUGGCAGGGUCGCCUCCAAAUGAGAACAUGUUUACCGCCAGCCAUGCUCGACGGAUGGUCAGGAGCGACAAAGAGUCUAGCUUCCACUCUAGCGUUUUGAGUCCUCGCACCCAGCCGGUCAUUAAGACCAAUCGGCGCACCACCAUUGGCGAGCCACGGCAACUGAGCGGCAACUUUGCAAACUCUGCGAGACACGCCGGGAUUUAUAGUAGCACACCUAAGAUGAGAGAGAGUGUCACUGGUGUUAUGGGUAAGGGAGGAUGGCGAUAA